GUGUGUGGGCGCGUGGCUCGGGGUUCAGAGCUGUCGCCCGUCCUCCUCUUCCUCCUCCUCCUCCUUCUCCUGCUGCUGCUUCUCCUCCCCCUGCUCCUCCUGCCUGCCUGCCUCCACGGAGACGAGCAAAAGGCUGGGGAGGAGCGACAGAGCCCUUCAGUCAACAGACGCGGUGUGUACAGAAGCGGGCUGUCGGCACCGGCUGCACCGGCAGGAACCCGGCGGAGGAGCGUCACCUCACGGCUGUUUUCCAUUGACCACUGAAGGGGGCCUGCAGAGAGGAGAACGCUAGCGAAGCCGAGCAGAGGCGGACGCGAUAAUUGCAUUUCUUGCUGCCCUGUGGGAACAUGGGAUAUAUGACCCCAUCAUUCACUCGUAAGGCUCUCCAGUAAACAACUCCACACAGAAGGAUGACGGAGGCGGUCAUAGAGAGUGCAGAUGUCCUUGCAAAACCCUGUGACACAAAAAGCCACCCCUCCCUGUCGCCAUGUCUACCCCUCUGCAGUCAGAAGGGGGGUGGGGAGUGUCACGCUGACAUUAAGAAGCUCCAGCAGCAGGAACACUGUAACCAGGUGAUACCAAAGAAAAAAUUCAAGCCCAAAGGAAAGUUGGUGCGCAGCAUGGCGUUCAGCGAGGAGUCCUCCCCGUUUGAAGAAACCAAGGCAUCUCCAGACACAAACGUCCCAUCCAGCUGCCAUGACAACGAGAGGACUUCCAGUAGGGACGAGGAGCAGGAGAACAGCCCCGAUCCAAAGAAACCACCGCUGUCUAAAGAGUCCAGCAUGGAGUACACCGACUCAACCGGCACAGAUCUGGACCAGUUUAUUGAGGACACCCUCAACAGCAACCCCAGAGACCGUCUGACACUGCUGAAACUGGAGCAGGACAUGACUGAUUUCAUCUUCAGCAAUAGCUCCUUUAAGAAGUUCCCUCAAAUGUCAUCCUACCACCGCAUGCUGGUCCAUCGGGUGGCGGCCUACUUUGGCAUGGAGCACAAUGUGGACCACACAGGCAAGUCGGUCAUAAUCAACAGGACAAGCAACACGCGCAUACCGGAGCAGCGCUUCUCAGACAUGGUUCACAAGAACAAGACCGAAGAUACCCUCCCUCUGAAAAUACUACUAAAGAGGGACAAUUCGGACGACCAGGGCCGCCAUCACCCUUCACGGGAGAGGCAAAGUAAGUCAAUGGAGGAGAGAGAAGAAGAGUACCAAAGGGCACGAGAACGAAUCUUCAACAAAGAGCCACUCUGCACUCAGGAGGGCGGCCAUGCAGAAAGCAGGGACGUGGAGGAGUACAAUUCAUACGUGGAGACCCAGAGGAAAAGACAGCUCUUCAGGAAAAGCCGUGCCAACUCGAGCUCCAGCUGGACGGGCAGCAGCAAGCAGAGCAGCGUCGAGACCGACUAUUGCUAUAGCAACGACCCCCCACCUUGGAGCAGCACAGAUUCAGACUCGUCCUUUCAGUGGACGAGUCCAGCGGUGAAAGCCCACCAGCCUUCGGGUCAGAGCUGGGACACGCGAUCAGGCUCCAUCUCACUUUACAGACUGCCACCCUCUUGUGCUCAUCCGUCUCCGCCUCCUCCCAUCACCGAGGAGCCGGUUCACAGCUACGUCACGGAGAACGGCAUUCCACCAGGGAGCAUACUAGUGAACCCUCUUACUGGACAACCUUUCCUGAACCCUGAUGGAAGCCCUGCUGUGUACAACCCUCCAGACAGUCAGCAACCAAUCAGUAGCCAGACUUUUCCGCCUCAGCAGCAGGUGGUUCAGUACUCGUCUGUCUCUUACUCAGCUCCCCAGAUGUUACCUGUCACUCCCUCACAGCCAUACUCAACAGUUGAAGAUCUCUCCUCACAGUUUGCUCAUGUGACAGUGAGCUGCCCGUCGACAGGAGACGCCGCUCCCAUCUACCCUCCCAGUCAGGGUUACAUCUAUGCAGCUCCUGCCCCUCCUAACCUGCCCAACUACUGCCAGCCCUCACCACAGGUGCCUGUGUACGUUUACCCUACCUCAGCCCAACCUGGAUUCAGGCCCGCUUCGCCCUCCCAACAUGUCCGCAGCUCAGCAGCACAACCAGCAGCAGGUUACCCCCCUGCUGUGAGGGUGCAGCAGUCUUCCCACGCCCAGCCUCAGCCUGUGCUGGGCACAUACACACCAGUUGCCUCCCACCAGUGUAGCAUGGUUCAGGGAGGAGCUUCGGUGCCCUUUCCUCAAAGCAAAGCUGGGCCUGGGGGAGUUGGAGACGCAGGAUAUUACUGCGUGGUUCCCCCACCUCCUCAUCACAGUAGCUGCACCAACCUCAGAGCACCUGCUUGGAACAUGCAGUAUUGAUGGUGUGACAAUACCUUGUUUCCUGUUUUAAGUCACACGCUCGCACACGUCCCCCCCAACCCCCCUUUUUUUUUUCAAUGCAGAUGCAUUUUUUCACACUCCCUGACCUUCACCCUCUUUCCUCCUGACAAUGUGGGUUCGCUGUUCCCACACUCAAACAUAACCUCGCUCACAGAGAUAAAUGUUCCACUGUACCAAAGCUUAGUAGAAAAUAUAAGAGCUGCUGUACUGAAUGCAUAAUUUAUAUACACAAAUGGAGUUUUAUAUUGUUAUUAAAUUAUAUAUAUAUACAUAUAUAUACAUAUAUAUAUUGUGUUUUAAGGAAAUGCACUGUGUUUAGAGAAUAAAGUGCCAUGGUUUGACUGAUGAGGUCACA